AUGGGUUUCAAAUUCUCGCACCUGUACACCCCCCCAGAGGUCAACCCUGUUACUUUCAAGGCCCGAUCAAUACCGUUCUUCAACCCACGAGAUGUCUACGGGCGCGUCUUCUUUUUCUCUUGGUUCGGCUUCAUGAUCGCCUUCUGGGCAUGGUAUACGUUUCCGCCAUUGGUUGCCAACUCCAACAUCGUAUCCCCCGUCGCUACCCUGCUCGUCCGCCUUGUUGCUGGCCCCCUGUGCGAUCAAUUCGGCCCUCGCAAGGUCUUUGGAGGCUUGCUCCUGGUCGGGGCCAUCCCGCUCGGCCUCGCUCCGCUUGUCCACAACGCCACAGGUCUCUACGUCAGCCGCUUCUUCAUCGGCAUCCUCGGCGGCUCGCUAGUUCCCUGCCAAGUCUGGUCGACUGGUUUCUUCGACAAGAAUGUUGUAGGCACCGCCAACGCCCUCACUGGGGGCUUCGGCACGGCAGGCGGGGGCAUCACCUACUUCAUCAUGCCGGCCGUCUAUGACGCCCUUAUCGGAAGCGGUCACACCUCGGGCCAAGCCUGGCGUCUCACCUUCCUCGUGCCGCUUGCCAUGGCCAUUACGACAGGCGUCGCCCUCAUCGUCCUCUGUCCCGAUAGCCCGACAGGCAAGUGGAGCGAGCGUCACCUCCACGGUCAGACCAACACUGAACCUGAGACGGAGACGGACGCGGAGAAGACCAGCGUUGUGGACAUCCCGGGACAGAUAACCGACAAGCCCACUCCGAGCCCUACCAAAUGGAAGAAUACUUCUCGCGCCAUCGAGACACCCGACCUCGAAGCCGGGCACCAACUACCUCCACCAGAUAAGCCCUCCCCGACGACAAUCCCUUCAACAAUAGCAGCCGCCCAAAACGAAGUCAUCCAGCCCCCCACCGCACGCGACCUCGUCCGGAUAGCCUGCUCCCCGCAGACGGCCUUCCACACGCUGACCUACCUCUGUUCCUUCGGCACCGAGCUGGCGGUCAACAUGGUCCUGUCGUCCUACUACGCCAAGAACUUCCCCAUGCUCGGCCAGACGGCGGCGGCCAACUGGGCGGCCAUGUUCGGCUUCCUCAACUUUGUCACGCGCCCACUCGGCGGUGUCGUGAGCGACCUGCUGUACGGCGCCUUCGGGGGGUCGCUGUGGGCCAAGAAGGCCUGGCUCGUCGCGUGUGUCGGCGCCGCGGGCGUGGUGAUGAUCGUCGUUGGGCGGUUAGAUCCGCAUGACCAGGGGGUUAUGUUCGGCCUUACGGCGCUUGUGGCGAUGUUUGUGCAGGCCGGAAAUGGGGCCAAUUUUAGUCUACUGCCGCAUGUCCAUCCCACGCGGAACGGUGUGCUGUCUGGGUUCACUGGGGCGGGUGGAAACCUUGGAGGGGUGCUGUUCUCGAUCGUGUUUCGCUUCAUGGACAGCGGGACCAACUAUGCCAAAGGGUUCUGGGUCAUUGGGGUCAUCAACCUGGUUGUGGCUGUCGGGGUCUGCUGGAUCCCGCCUUUGCCUAAGGGUCAGGUUGGCGGGCGAUGA